CGGACGGUCGGGACGCAGCAACAAGUGUGUUUGAAGCCCCACGGUGGCGUGGCGGCUCUGUUCAGUAGAGAAUCGAAGCUCGCCGCGCUCGAAGCGGAUCUGCGGGAGUCGUUGAACGCGGAUCUGUAUUACUGUCGUCGCCGUGCCGUCUCCGUUGGCGUUGCCGUCGCCGUGGCUAUUCAAUUCAAUUGACGAUCUGCGGAUCUGUGUGGUGUGUUGUUUUGUGCUGUGAUGUGCGUUUUGUCUAACUUUCAAAUGCAGAAAAAUUUGACAACUACGCGCUUUGCAUGCCUAAGGAGGAGCGGAGCUGUUGCAUAAAUGAAAGUUUUUGGAUAAUACCAGUGGAUAGCACACACAGACAGAACGAGAGAGAGAGGAUUGGAGUCCACUCACGUUGCGGCCGGCCAUCGAUGAGGCGGAUACAAAGUCUAUGUCACAACAGCAGCCGCGGCAGCAGAAGAAGCAGAAAAUAAUUUAAAUGCUACGGCAGCAAUUGAAGAGGCAACAAUUAACAAAGACAACUGCAACGGCAGCAUACUUGUAGGAAAACAAAGAGAAGAAGAUACAAUAUACAUACAUACAUACAAAAGUAUCUGUAGAUUUCGAUUCCGUGCUCCUGCAACAGAAUGAAGAAUCGCCAGAGGCAGCGCCGAAUAUCUCUCAAUGAAAGCCACAACAAGUACAACCACAUUGAUGUACAAAUAUCUACCAAUACAAAAGAACCCAAUCAAGUCAAUUUAAAUUCAUCGUCAAAGCUGUCGUCGAGAGCGAACUCACUGGAGGCUGCUGCUGCUGAUGAUGCUCCGCGUACGUCUCCGUCUCCGUCUCUGUCCCCGCCUGUUACUGUUCCUGUUUCCCAGAUAGCAGCAGCAACACAACAAGAGCAACGUCUACAGCUGAUUAUGCCGCCUACAAUCAUGACGGGCGAUUUUCCAACAUACGUGAAGAUGCGAAAAUCCAAGUCCACGCCAAGUCUCCUUCUCGAAGAGGAGCCGCCGGCCAUUGUCUGGCGUCGCCACAUCAUCUCCCAGCCAAAAACCGCCUCGGAGGCUACCGAAACUGUCGCUACAGUCGACAGCAGCCACUGCAUGGAAGUGGAACCCCAGCAACAUGAACAAUUUUCACGCUUCACCACCAGCAGCGGCAAUAACGAUAGUUGCAACAACAAGUGCAGCAAUGCGACGCCAACAACACCGGAGUCAUUGCGCUUUGGAUGUGCACACUAUAAGCGACGUGCCAUGUUUGUGACUCCGUGCUGCAAUAAGUUCUACAAGUGCCGGUUCUGCCACGAUGAGAACGAGACCCAUCACUUCGAUCGGAAGACACUCACAGAACUCAUCUGCUCCGAGUGCAACACGCGGCAGACGGUGCAAGAGCAAUGCGAGAACUGUGGCGUGAGAUUUGGCAAGUAUACAUGCCUCAUAUGCAAUCUAUUUGAUGACGCGGACAAGCAGCAAUAUCAUUGUCAUGGCUGUGGCAUCUGUCGCAUUGGCGGCGCUGACAAUUUCUUUCACUGCGAGGUCUGCAACAUGUGUCUGCCCAUCCAGCUGAAGAUCGAUGGCCAUCGGUGCGUGGAAAACAUCUCCCGGUCGCACUGUCCUGUUUGCUUGGGCGACAUACACACCUCGCGCAUUCCUUGCCACAUUCCCGACUGCGGCCAUCUGCUGCACAAGAUGUGUUUCGAUCAGCUCCUGGCCUCAGGCCACUACACCUGCCCCACCUGCCAGACCUCGCUGAUCGACAUGACGGCGCUGUGGGAGUAUCUGGACGAUCAGGCCCUACGCAUGCCCGUGACGCUCAAGUACGAGAACCAGCGAGUGCAUAUCUUCUGCAACGAUUGUCACAAGACUUGCAAAACCAAAUUUCAUUUCAUCGGACUCAAGUGCGUGCACUGCGGCGCCUACAACACCACACAGGAUGUAAAGCGUCGCCUCUCUCUGGUCACCGAUGAGCCAUCCUCGGCAUGAUAUCCUUCCGCAGCAGCCCCAUCCGCAACAACAGCAACAGGAAAUCUCUUGCCAUGCUACCCAUAUUCGAACUAAAUUGUUAUUACACACAAA